AGAGUGCCAUCGCAUCCUGACAUGUAGUACGUUCGAGUAUACGCGAGGUAGUCUGGCUUCAUUUCUAGAUCUGUAGAUUACGGACAUUUCUUGAAGUCUCGUUGUAUUGAUUGUUAAAAUGACCUGGGGUUUAGAGCUUUGGGAUCAAUUUGAUCUCAUUGCCAACCAUACGUCUUCUGGAAUCGAUUUCGUGGAAAAGGUAGCGAAGUUCGUGAAGGAAAGGUGUGAAAUCGAAUCGCGGUAUGCGAGGGACUUACGACAACUGGUAAAGAAAUUCAACCCAAAGAAGAAGGAAGAUGAACACAUAUUUACUUUUCAAAAGGCUUUCAUUGGUGUCGUGAAAGAGACAGAUGAUGUGGCAGGACAGCAUGAGCUGAUAUCAGAGAGUUUAACUGAAAAGAUUUGGAAGGAAUUACAUUUAUUGCAUAAUGAACUUAAGACAGAGAGAAGAAAGCAUCUGUCUGAUGGUAAAAAAGUUCAAGAACAACUAGAACAGUCAAUAAAAGCUAUGGAAGUUAGUAAAAGAGCUUAUAUGAAGGCAAGUGAAGAAGCUGAGCAAGCCCUUCAAGCAUUCCAGAAAGCUGAUCAAGACAUGGCUAACUCUAGAUUGCAGAUUGAAAAGCACAAAAAUAUAUCGGUUGAGAAGGGCCAGGCAUGUGAGAGGGCAAAGGAUGAAUACAGAAACCAACUUCAACAGACAAAUAGCAAGCAAGCCUUACAUUACAGCAAUGAAAUGCCAGCGGUGUUCGAUGAACUACAGAAAAUGGAUGAGCGAAGAAUAAAGAGAACUGGUGAAUUAUUAGAGGAGUAUGCAAAUGUAGAGGCCAAAGUUAUGCCUAUAAUACAAAAAUGUCUGGAUAACAUGAAGGACAAUGGAAAAUCAGUCAAUGGACAACAGGACAGCAAACUCCUGUGUGAUCACAAUAAAACUGAUUACAAGCCACCUAAAGAUAUCCUGUUUGAGGAAUAUGGCAGCAAACACACCCUCCCCAGACAGCCUGCUAGUGAAACCAAGGGCAAAAAAGGGAAGAGUAUCUUUACUGGAAAUAAAAAAAAGAAAAAGAAUGUUGAUAAUGGAUUAGAUGGUAAUGAUCAAACAUUGACACCAGGACAGAAGAUUCGCACUUCUAAAAAGAAGGUGCAGCAGUUAGAGGCACAAGUGGCACAGCUCAAGAACUCCAGGGAGGCUUUGGAAAAAAUGAUUGAUGUGUACAGGCAGAAUUCUUCACUCGGUGACCCAGCCACUAUUGAACAAAACCUCAGUGAUAAUGCUAAGGAGCUGGAUGCUCUUAAUGUUGACCUCCACAGAUAUCAGUGCUACCUGGCUGCUUUGGAGAACAGAGAUGCCCCACCGCCUCCUGAGGUCUACUCCAAAACUGGCAGCUCCCAAUCACCACCGGCACCAAGCAGCAGUGUACCAGACGGGGCCCCAUCCAAUGUCCCUCCCCCUCCUGAACCUGCACCUGCACCUGCACCUCCCCCCGCUAUGUUAGUACCACCGGUUGAAGAAGAUGAUGAGUUUGAAGAAGACGAGCCUCACUGUCGAGUUAUUUACGAUUUCCAAGCAACAAAUGAUGGUGAACUCACCGUUGUUGAAGGAGAUGAGCUGGUUGUCUUGGAACAAGACACAGAUAACAGUGGCUGGACGAAAGUGUUAAAAGACGAUGAGGAAGGAUAUGUUCCGUCCACUUAUAUUGAAUAUGUGUAGGAGAAACAUGGUUCACAAAUUAGUGAGUGUAACACAACUAAAAUAAUAUUGAAUGGUUAAAAUUUUGGGAAAGUCCGUUGUCAAUAAGAAAAUGCGUCGUCAUUUUCACCGCUUUCGGUUUGUAAACAGUGAGAAAGACAGCAGUGUGGGUGAGGGUCCUCCAGCCCACCACCCCCCUCCCCCCGCCACCUCCUCUAAUUUGUCCUAUUGUCUCUUGUAUUGAUUAUUCAGCCACUGAAUUUGGUUGGUUGUCUGCUCGCAAGGUUUGGCCGAAAACUUUUCCCGCGAAAGAAACAACCCAUCAGAUAGACUAUAUCGCACGGUGCUUAACUGGACAGUAGUGUAUACCGUCAUUUUACUUGAAUUUGUCCUUAGACAGAUGGUAACAUUAUUGACUGGAUGGAAAUCUUAUGAAAAUAUAUAGUGAAGGUUAACCAUAUCAUUAAAAGUUUGAUGUUGGACUUACUGAUGCGAAUUUCACGCGAAGGAUAUGAAAAAAAAUCAAUGCGUAUCUGUUAGCAGAAUAGAGGAGUGAAGGGGGCCUAACUCUUAAACUCCCGUGAGUGACCAAGACAGAAUUUCUCCUUACUACAUCUAUACAAUAUCACGCAGACAAGUGAUCAGAAUAAAGAAAAAUAUCAAUUAUGGAAUUACUAAUUGAUCCGAUACCAAAUUCUCCAAACUAAUAUAAUAAGAAUGGUUUGGCAGACACUAAGGAGAACUACCAAUGAGGUCUUGGGAGUUUAGGGUUAAUGUUAAUUUUUACGUAAGAUGUUGCUUAACAAUGCGAAAUAAGAGGUUACUGGAGGCUCCAAUUGACGAGAAUAUUUUAUUUUUCGGUCGCGUUUAAGUAGCUUUAAGUAAGUUGACAAUUUAUAAGGAGUAUUAAUCUAGUAUAGCUUUGUGUUUAAUAUUUCUUACAAUACAGGGCUUUGUUGCUCUCGAAAUGAAAUCAAGAAAUUUUCUCACUAUGGGCUUUUUUUGUUUUUGUUAACUUUUUUUUAAAGAAAUACGUAUGUUGUCAGUGUUAUUUUCUGCACUCACUUGACAAAUGUAUGCUUAAAAAAAUAUGAGUAUUUUUCUUCUCCUUUUUUUAACAUACAACACAAAUUAGGUGUCGGUAGAAAUGUACCACAGCGUGUUAUUUAGAAGCUUGAUAUUAGUGUUGGUGAGAUAGUACUUUGUUUGAUUUUUUAUUGGUGUAUGGAUUACAACAAAUUAGUUUGUUAACAAAAUAAGAAAUAGCUCUAGAGUAUAGGUCAAGAGCGGCCGCUUUUUCGACUGUGAGGCAAAAUAUCGGAAUUCAGUAUAGGAGUAAUUGUUAGAAUUCAACAGGCUAACACUAGAAGUAAUUAAAAUUAAUCGUGAAUGUUGAUCAUGUG